CAGGAAAUCCCGUCCAGUCGACACGAUGAGCUCUGAAGCCGCUGCCACUGCCAUCCCACCGCCUGCCGGCGAGGAAAAGCUCAGCAAGAAUGAGCUCAAGCGCCGCGAAAAGGCCGCCAAGGCCGCUGCUGCCAAGGCCGAGAAGGAAGCUGCCAAGGCCGCUAAGGCGCCUACGGCUGCCAAGAAGGCGACGGCCGAUGCGGACGACGAGUUGGACCCGACCGCGUACUUCGAUAACCGCACGAAACUCCUCGCCGAGCUUGAAGCCGAUGGCAUCAACCCUUAUCCCCACAAGUUCGAAGUCACGUCUUCCGUCCCGGACUUCGUCGCCAAGUACCACGGCUGUGAGGCCGGCGCACACAUUGCCACUGAGCUCGUGUCCGUCGCCGGUCGUCUGAUGAGCAAGCGUGCGAGUGGUGCCAAGCUUCACUUUUACGGUCUCAACGCGGACGGUGCCAGCAUCCAGGUCAUGUCGAGCAUUGACACGUAUGUGAACGCGGAAGCUUACGCCCGCAUCCACGCGUCGCUUCGCCGCGGUGAUCUUGUUGGCAUCACGGGCUUCCCGGGCAAGUCCAAGAAGGGCGAGCUCUCGAUCUUCCCGCAGUCGAUCGUGCUCCUCUCGCCGUGCAUGCACAUGCUGCCGAAGGCCCAUUACGGGCUCUCAAACCAGGACACUCGCUUCCGCCAGCGCUACUUGGAUUUGAUCCUGAACGACGAAACCCGCAAGGUCUUCACGACGCGCGCCAAGGUCAUCAACUACAUCCGUCGCUUCCUUGAUGCUCGCCAAUUCCUCGAAGUCGAGACGCCAAUGAUGAACAUGAUCGUCGGUGGUGCGACGGCCAAGCCGUUUGUGACGUACCACAACGACUUGCACAUGAACCUCUUCAUGCGCGUCGCUCCGGAGCUCUACUUGAAGCAACUCAUCAUCGGUGGUCUCGACCGCGUGUACGAGAUCGGCCGCCAGUUCCGCAACGAAGGCAUCGACUUGACGCACAACCCGGAAUUCACGAGCUGCGAGUUCUACCAGGCGUACGCUGACUACAACGAUCUCAUGGACAUGACCGAGAAGAUGUUCUCCGGCAUGGUUCAGGAGAUCACUGGCGGUCAAACGAUCACGAUCGAGAAGGAUGGCGAAGAGAUCACGAUCGAUUUCUCGCCGCCGUACAAGCGCAUCUCGAUGGUCAGCGCCAUCGAGGAGGCCACCGGUACCAAGAUCCCGAUCAACGAGCCCGAAAAGUGCGUCGCUGUCCUCGAGACGCUCGUCAAGAAGUACGACCUCGACUGCGCUCCGCCGCGAUCGCUUGCCCGUCUCCUCGACAAGCUCGUGGCGCACUUCAUCGAAGACAACCGCGAAAACUGGAAGAAGCCAUUCUUUAUCAUGGACCACCCGACGGUCAUGAGCCCGCUCGCCAAGUACCACCGGUCGAUGCCCGGCCUCACGGAGCGCUUUGAAAUGUUCUUCGCCGGCUCGGAAAUCUGUAACGCGUACACGGAGCUCAACAACCCAGUGGUUCAGCGCGAACGGUUCGUGGAGCAGAUGGGCCAAGCCGCGGCUGGCGAUGACGAAGCUCAACCCCACGACGAGUCGUUCUGCACAGCUAUGGAGUACGGCCUUCCGCCGACGGGUGGCUGGGGCUGCGGCGUCGACCGCAUUGCCAUGUUCUUGACCAACAAGUUCAACAUCAAGGAAGUGCUGCUGUUCCCGGCCAUGAAGCCGGACGAGCAGGUCGCCAAGCCUGCGUCGGGCGCGAUCACGACGGCCAACUUUACGAUUGAAGCUGUCGAGGCCAAGCUCCAGGGCGCGCAAACGAACUUUUUGAACGGCGCCAAGCCUUCCAAGGAAGACGCAGUUGUGUUCGAGCGCGUCAAGGUUAUCGGCAAGGACAUUCUUGCCAAGUAUCCGUUCACGCAGGCGUGGGUCGAGCUCGUUUCGCUCUUUACGAACGAGUUGCGCAACAAGUGGUAAGCUGUCAGGUCCUGGAAGACGCGAUGGGUACCAAGGCGACACGACGUAAUGAACAUCCGGCAAAGCUUUUUACAUUCAAAUCCAAUAUCGGAAGGCUUUGUUGGGGUCAGAGACUAGGUUCAAGUAGCUUUUAUUUACCGUUGGUUGAGGUCGCUGGAAUCGACGAUUGUUGUGAG